UGUGAAUGUCUGUAUGUAUUGCGACCGUAAGAUAUCUGAGGUGAACGCCGAUCGCCGCUGCUGUUAACCACUUGUCCCAUUUAGGUUGAUCUGACUACCAAGACAUUAUGUUUCGCUUCUCUUGCCUGGCGAUGUUCCUGGUUCUGGGGAGCGAAAUCGAGAAGGCAUAUACCACAGAAGUGACAGUCAAAGACAAAGACGAUAAAUUGUGCCUUUAUGCUAAUCUGAUGGUUAACUUUACUGUCACAUAUGAAGUGGUUGGAAAAUCUAACAACACAGUUGAAUUUCAACUGCCUGAUGUUGUGAAUGCAAGUGGGAGCUCAUGUGGCACUGAUAACUCCACGUUAAAGCUCAGUUUUGGAAACGGCCACUCCUGGACAAUCAAUUUCACAAAGGAGAAAGACAUGUACAAAGCAGACAACAUCGUUCUCACCUACAAUCUUUCAGAUGACAGCAUCUUUAAGAACGCCUCUUCAAAUGGUACAGUGUCAGUGAAAUUCACCCCUUCGAUUGCCAAUGUGGUCGUGGACACCUACUACUCCUGCAAGAGUCAAGAUACUGUUGAAAACGAUGCAGUCAAACAGACAUUAUGGAAUGUCGCUUUGCAGGCUUUUGUUACCAAUGGGAGCAAAAGUGAAAAUGAAACUGUGUGUGCCAAAGACAAAGCCAGCACCACCCAAAUGCCGACAACUACCACUGCCGCCACCACCGUCAUAACGGCAACAACUGCUCCACCACCAGUGCCCCCACCCAGCGCUGGCACUUACAACCUGAGCGCGGCGGGCAAUGGCACCAUCUGUCUGCUGGCCUCCAUGGGACUGCAAAUCAGCUACAACGAUAGCCUGGAUUUCCAGAAAGUCAACCUUGAGCCGAACAAGACCACAGUGACAGGGGCGUGUGGGAGUAAUAACAGCAUUGCUGCCCUCGUGCUGACAUCUGAAAAAGUGGCUGUAGCGUUCACGUUCAUCGAGGAAGGAAAGAAAUUCCUCCUGCAUGCAGUGAAUGUCACGGUGAAACAUAUUAAUGGAACUUCCUUCAGCGCAGCCAACACCAACCUGUCACUCUGGCAGGCCACUCUCGGCAGCUCCUACAUGUGCAACAAGGAGCAGACGCAAAACAUCACGGACACCCUGUCCCUCUACACCCUCAAGCUGCAGGUGCAGCCCUUUGAGGUGAAGAAUGACAAAUUCUCCACAGCUCAUGAAUGUUCAUUGGAUGACACCAGCAUCUUAAUCCCAAUCAUUGUUGGUGCAGCUUUGGCAGGCUUGAUUUUCAUUGUAGUGAUUGCUUACCUGAUUGGUAGAAGAAGGACCUACGUGGGAUAUCAGACCCUCUAAAGCGAAUGCUGAUCAUUAACUCAGUGGAUCAUUUGUUCCCUUUUUGAUCUUUCUGUUCAGGAGCAAGUGCAGGUUCUCUGUUUCUCUCAUGUUUCUCAGUUUGCACAAACCCAGAGCCCCAGUUCAUAGUGGCUCAUAUACAAGGCAUUUUAUGGCUGUAGGCCAAAAAAAACUGUGACACUUAAAGAUGUGUCCAACAUGACGGGGCAUCACUUAAAGCACAAGUCACUGUUUCUCUGCUUUUUCUUAUAGACUUCUGAAAACAGAUUAAGAUACUGAAAACCCUGGUGGGGCUGUUUGCUAGUUCAUUUGUUGGUUUGUUGACUUGUUAACUCAUUCACUCAUCCCAGAGGCUUGACUGUCAGGAGCCCAGUGAGUUUGCUCUUUUCUGAGAGCUGACCUAAAGUGAACACUGAACCUGCACUUGCUUCCUGUCGCUCCGCAUUCCUUUAUUUUGUGCACCCCAUUUUAGUUCCAUUGAAUCCAUGUGCACCUGUAGCUUGGCCUUUGUCUUUCAUGGUCUCCCAAUCCCCAAAACACCCAGGACCAGAGCUGUGGCCUCGGGUAUGUCGUGAGAAUUCUUGUUUCCUAGUUUGGAGCAUUUAUGCUGUGAUUAUGGCACAUAAUUUAUAGUGUGAUUAAUUUGUGAUGCACAAGUGCCUUGGAGCUCAGGAAAAUAUUUCAAUUCGACCUAUUAUCAAAAAUCAGUGUCUCAAGUGCUUCUGCAACAGCACUGACAGGUGUAAUUAUACCAAAGGUCAGUAAGAUCCAGGAGAGCAGAGUACUGUAUGUCUCUUUAAGUUACACUUUUGGCUGUGUAUGGGGAGGUUUUAGGGAAACCUGAAAACAAAGCUUGAGAUCAGGCUUUUUUCCAUUUGUUAUUUGUUGAAAUUUAGUUUUUUUUUCUUCUUCUUUUAAAAAAAGGGAUCAUGCUAGCCAUCUGCCUUCAUUAUUUCUUUCCAUUUUCAUUAAAGUGCACUCAGUUUGCGAUUGCAAUCAUUUUCAAAAUCGACAUUAAUUGAAAGCUUUUGCUGCUCAGUUGCGUGUAUGAGUGUAGUCUUUAAUUGUGCUGAAUGCUGCAGUGAAACUUAGUUUGUGAAAAUGCACCUUAAGAGCUUCUGUAGAGGGAGAGCGGGAACAGUAUUUAAUAUGAAGUGCACAUAUUGUACAUAUUGUGAUGUCUGGAGUCAAUUUGACGGUUAGAGUUUUUCGCUGUUGUUUUGUCAAGUCAGUCUGUACUGUAGUUUUACCAGAAGAUUUGAUUGCGUAUAUUAAUUGCUGUUGAUCAAACAUCAAACCAGUUUGCAGCUUUUUAAAUUCAUGUCUCAAUACAAUCAGUUAAUUUCACAGCUGUUUCAAAAAUGAUCUGGGAAUUAUCCCCAUGAAGCAUAAUUUAAUGCUGGUAUUAGACAUUCUUGUAAAAGCUUCCUAAAUCAUUAGUGUGCCAAAGAUGUCAGUCUGGUUUCAGUAGUAUAUGUAUUAUGCAUUGUAGCUGGAAUAAGGGACUAUUUACCUGUCCCCUCCCUCCACUUUCACUCAAAUUGAAUUCAGCUGUCAGCCCAUCAUCCAUAUUACUGUUGUUCAGAUGCAAGGUAUUGGUUCUGGUUUUUAAAUACUCGAAAAAAUGACCAAAUGAAGUAACAAAGGGGGUUUUUAAUAUGUUCCCAGUGUUGCGUAAGCUCUUGUUCUUAAAUGAGGAAGAAUGUCUUAUCUCAAGUCUGUGCCUUGCUUCAUGGAGUCUCGUCAUUUUUUUGUGUCCUUUCCUCCUUCUGGGAAGUGGCACAAGCUGAGUCAAUAAUUAAACUAUAUUUGGGUGGAAUGACAAGGCUCAUACCGUGUUUCAGGAAUAGGUUAAUGGCGUCAAGAAGUGCUUCUGAGAAACCCAACGCACAGUGUCGAAAUGCACAGCUUUUUUAAAAUUUUGAUUAACAAUGACUGUACAUGGUUUAGUUCCAUUUUAGUAAGGCUGUUUGGUUACUGAUAAAUCUAUAAUUCACAAGCGUGCAAAUGAGCAAGGGCCAUUUUAAUUUAUAAAUAAAUAAGUACACUUAUUGGUCCUCGAUGUUUUCAGGGUUUUUUUUUUUUUUUUUUUCCUCCCAGCGUUCUGAAUUGCUGUAAUGUAAUGGCACUUUAAUGAUAUGAUUCGAAACCCACUCUUUCACAUUUCCCUUCAUUUUAUUUAAUCCCUUUGCUCAGUUUAUUUUUCCAGUUCCUUCACACAUUGCUUUCUUUAUUCUCACCCAGCUGAGGAUUGCCA